AGCGGCGGACUCCCCCCACCAGUCCACCACCCCAGCCGGUGUUCAAUUUCCGGGCCACACCGGUGGGGCGCUGGGUAGGAGAAGUACUUGGGUCGCCGGUUUUGGUGGCGCUACAAAACUUGGACUUCCACGGUGUGGUGGGUGGCUGGGUGCGGGCCGCCUGCCGAUCUGUGACCACGCGCGUCGCCACAGAGACAGAAGCGAGCAAAGAAAGCGGCAGCUAGGCGGGGCACGGCGGAACGUGUUUAUCAAGAAGACAGCCAAUCCCCCCUUCACCCUGUCCGCGGACAGGCAGCGUCGGUGCGCCGGCGGUGCCAACGCGGAGGCGGACGGAGCGCUGGGGCGCCAGCGCGCGGGGAGGGAGGGGAGCGGAGGAAGGAGACAGCCCGGAGCUUCGGCUGUCUGCUUUUGCGGCCUGCGGGAGCGAUCCCGUAUUCCGUCGACCAGUUCCGGGCACGAACUAGAACUGCCUUCACAUAAACUUCUGGAGGAGGCAGCGGGAUUGGGAUUUGGAACAUGGGGAGUUCGGUCGGCUGCCUGUUAGGCGGCUCCAAGUCCAGGCAAGAUUCGUCUCCUCGUUCAGGUCAUGUAUUAUCAAGAGCUGGAAAUAAUGUACAGGUAUUCUCCCUAAACGAGUUGAAGACUGCCACACGAAACUUUCACAUGUUAAAUUGCAUUGGCCGCGGGGGUUUCGGAGCGGUGUAUAAGGGAAACCUGAAAGAUGGCACUCAAAUUGCAAUUAAAAAGCUUGCAGCUGAGUCAAAACAAGGAAUUAGUGAAUUCUUGACAGAGAUUAAUGUCAUAUCAAACGUUAGGCACCCAAACCUUGUCAAGCUGAUUGGCUGCUGCGCUGAAGGGAGUAACAGACUAUUGGUGUAUGAGUACGCCGAGAAUAAUAGUUUGGCAAAUGCUUUGCUUGGACCAAAGAAUAAAUGUAUCCCAUUGGACUGGCAGAAAAGAGCUGCUAUAUGUAUCGGAACUGCUUCUGGCCUUGCUUUUCUUCAUGAGGAAGCACAACCACGCAUUGUCCACCGUGAUAUCAAGGCUAGCAACAUUUUACUUGAUAAAAAACUGCUGCCCAAAAUUGGAGAUUUUGGAUUGGCCAAGCUUUUUCCUGAUACUGUCACUCACAUUAGCACGCGUGUUGCAGGAACAAUGGGUUAUUUGGCACCAGAGUAUGCUUUGUUGGGACAGUUAACCAAGAAAGCAGACAUAUAUAGUUUUGGCGUGCUUCUUCUUGAAGUAAUAAGUGGUGAAAGCAGCAGCAAGUCGACUUGGGGGCCUGAUAUGCAUGUUCUUGUGGAAUGGACAUGGAAGCUGCGGGAAGAAGGAAGACUCUUGGAAAUUGUUGAUCCAGAGCUGGAAAACUACCCAGAGGAGCAAAUGCUUCGUUUCAUCAAGGUGGCACUGUUGUGCACACAAGCCACGUCCCAGCAGAGGCCAUCCAUGAAGCAGGUUGUCAAUAUGCUAUCUAACCAAUCAGAAAUUGAUCUGCAAAAUGUAGUUCCACCAGGUGUGCUGAAAGAACCUCGGCCGCGUACCGGUGGCUUUGGGGGUUUGACAGCAGACACGUCCUCAAGUCAAAGCACCAAAGGCAAUCCAGCUGAAUCAUACAGUACACAGACCAACAUGAACAGCUGUCAAUUUAGCACAACUGACGUAUCACCAAGGUGACGUGAUAGACUAUCACCUGCAAAGCUUGUUUGACGUCUGCAGAGGUGUUCCACACCUCCCACAAGGUUUACUGUGCUGAGCCCUGACAUAUUCUCUUCAUAUGGAAAGGCCUGAUCCAUUUUCAUCCUGUUUUAGAGCUACAUAGGAUGCGAAGGCCGCUGUGAAUUGCUGAUGUACAGGAAUUGUAGCUCGUCUUUUUUUUUUGUGCAAAGGAGGGGAAUUGUAGCUCGUCCUUUUUUUUUGGUACAAAGGAGGAAUUGUAGUUCAAUUUGACUGUUGCUUUUAUGUUCUUUAUUAAAGCCUGUUGUAGGGACACAUUGCAAGAGUACAAGACUAGUGUAUUCGAAAAUUCAAAAAUUGUGCUCGGAGUAUGAGCAAGAAAGCUGUGAAGAACAGCUACGAUGCACAAUAUGUUAAUGUUCCAUACAUUUUUUUAGACUAUCA